GUUUUCAAGGUAUUUUAUUGGUGUUCUUCAGGUUUGCUGUUAUGCUCCACCAUUGCUGGCUCAUCCUUGUGGCGUUGCCAAUAAUCAUCUGUACAAAUGAUACAAUAUAUUCAUUACCAUCCUCCAAGGGACCCAUCGAUGGAGCUAACUGGAUGAGAGACAAUAUCAACACCUUAGGUAAGAGAACUUUGAAGGAAAUAUGCAUGCCAGGUUCCCACGAUUCGGGAAUGAGCAGUUUCGUUUCGGGAACUUCGAUGUCACAUUCCUGCAAUGUUUUGACUCAGAGCCUUCCCAUCAAGGGUCAACUAGAAAACGGCGCGAGGUACUUCGACGUAAGACCGGACAUCGUAAGGGGAAACGCGUAUCAUACUGGACACUACAUGAAGCUUCCUGGAGGAACAUGUAUAGGCGGAAAUGGGCAGUCAAUGGUAUCCAUCGUCGACGAAAUCAACGAAUUCAUUUCGAACCACAACGAACUAGUAAUAGUAAAGUUAUCCCAUUCUCUCAACGCAGGUCGCUGUGGUUUCUUCAGCAUGCAUGAAUGGGAAUUUGUCUUACGAAUUUUGGACAAUACACGUAACUUAUACGUUAACAAGGAUAAAAAAGUACGCUUGGACAAACUUACAUUAAAUCACUUCACAAAUAAUGGGACUAAAGGUGCAGUGUUGUAUAUUACGAACGAGUCUGAAGUGAAACUCUGGCAUAGGUUGGGCCAAGGUUUCUUCUACGAAUCGAACCUCAACCUGUACGACGUAUACGCCAAUACGAACCUCUUGCCGAGGAUGAUGAAGGACCAGAUAAAAAAGUUGAAGGAAGUGUCGAAGAAAUACUUCUUUCUUCUGUCUUGGACGUUGACACAGGGAGCAAAAGGCGCGAUUCUCUGUCGAAUGAAGUUGUCAAGAAGUAUCAAGGAGCUCGCUGUUCUCGCACACGACAGUUUGCCUAAAAUAAUUCCAGAAAUCAAUUCGGACGUUUUUCCUAAUGUCCUCUAUGUAGAUGAUAUAAGAAAUACGGAGAUCGUUUCAGUUGCAAUGGAUAUAAACAAUAAACUGAAUGUUUGAACACCUCGAACAGGGAUUUGUAACUUAGAGCUUCCGGCCAGUAAAUAUGAUCGUUAGACGUCAUUCAUACCCUUUUCUCCAUCUAUCCCGACCCUUUUCUCCAUCUAUAUUAGUGUUCUUCCUAACGCCAUUAAACACUCCAAUUACCACCUAAAUGCCGAUGAUUUACAAAUAUACCAAUCAUUCAAACCUUCUGAGAUGCCUGAGGCCGCCCGGAGGCUACAAGAGGACAUCGAUUGCAUCAACAGAUGGGCAGAAAUAAAUUAAUUAAAGCUGAAUGCAGAUAAAACCAAGGCUAUUAUCAUCGGGUCCAAUAAUCUCAUCAGCUACCUUCCUUACUUUCCUCUGCUUUACCUCAAUAACCACCCCAUCCAUUUUUUCCCUACAGUCAAAAACCUAGGAGUAACCUUUGACCAGAACCUCUCCUGGGAUAAUCAUAUCUCACAGAUUACCCGAAAAUCCAUAACUGCCCUUAAACAACUCCUAAGAUUCCGUGAUUGUAUUCCUCUAAAAACCAGACAGCUCCUUGUAACCUCCCUUUUAUUCCCCCACUUCGACUACGGCUGCUUGGUGUAUGGAGGCCUAUCUGCCAGGCUGGAAUUGAGACUAAAAAGACUCAUGAAUUGUUUCAUAAGAUUCAUUUUCGGGAUCCCCAGACGUUCACAUGUUUCACUAUGGUACACCGAGUUGAAGUGGCUUUAUCCUACUUCCCGACGACAAUUCCUUCUUGGCGUUUUCCUUUUCCAAGUCUUCAGAACUAAAAACCCUCCCUACAUCCUGGAACUCCUUACUCUGCGCUCCUCUAUCCACUCUCUCAAUACUAGGUCUCAACCCAUAGACUUAUAUAUUCCCUCCCAUAAAAUUUCCUCCUUCAGCAAAUCCUUCGUCAUUCGUGCUGCUUCCUUAUGGAACUCACUUCCUACCCCCAUGCGUCAAUCCUCAUCCACAAAUUCCUUCAAACAACUCCUGUUCCAACACCUACUCCACAUUCAAACUUCCCCUAACAUGUAAAAUUACUUGCAUCUAUACAAUGUUUAAUUUCAAUCCAUUGCACAAUUGAAAUAAGAAUUAACAAUAAAUUAGUUGGUAUUCUUAUUAUGUCAGACUAAGAUACAUAAAUUUGUAACUAUGUUAUUAUUCUUAGGGGACAGUAGUCCCAGAAUAAAAUUAUUUUUUCAUUUCAUUCAUUUUCAUUUAUAUUUCAUUUUCAUACCCGUCUAUACCUAACAUACCCUUUAUUGAUGAUCACUAUGCCAACAGUUUUUUUGAUUUAUUAUUUUCAAUAAUAAACCAUUGUGAUCGACCGAAAAAUUCAAAAACUUAACCCCCUUUCAAAAUUUGAGGUUUCACGUUUCAGGAUGCUUAGAAUUCGAAAAACCAAUAUUUUUUUUUUGUCCGUCCGCCCUCCGCGCAUUUUCUCAGAAACUACCGGACCAAUAUUUUUUCAAAUUUUGAUAUAAAAUCAGAGGUCACUUGAGGAUGAUCCUCCUUCAUCGACAUUACUCUCCUCCUUUAACUUUCAGAAUAGCUCCCGAAAAACCUGCGUUGCUAUAGACUGUAGCUCCUAAACGAAUGUACAAAUUUCAAUGAAACUUACCUGAAGUUUUUUCUCGACGCCCGUUAAAUUUUUCUAUAUAACAUACUUCAACGAAAAGAAGCUGAAAAAAAUGUUACGAUGGAUGGUAAAAUUAAAUUCCAAAUAACUCGAAAAUUUUUACUUUUUUGCUGAUAUUGUAUAUAGUUUUUAAAAGUUUACGAAAUAUCCUAAAAAAAAAAUAUAUAUAUAUAUUUAAAUAUAUAUAUAUAUUUCAAAAUCUAACGAUAUUAUAUAUAAUUAAAAAGUAUAGGUCAUAUAUCGAUAUAAUAGUAUUCGUUUAUCGAUAUAAUAUCAUCACUAUGGUUUCAUUAGUAGCAAAUAAAAUUGAAUGGUUAUUAAUACUAUUAAUACUUCCGCUUCUAAUUAUUUUUUAAUUCUUAUUUCAAAACCUAUGAAUCUAAACUUUAAUAAAUUACACUUUAAGUUUUAACACUUUCUGUAGAAAUAUGUUUCAUUAAUUUUAAGCCACUGGCUUUAGCACCAGUGACGCGGUUGAGAGAGUAGCGCAGGGAUCUCUUGAAUUACUGUUUUUCCUUCUGUAUUUGGGGGCAGAAGUCUGGUUUGGGCUUUCCUGCCUGAUUGCAUAUUGUAUAUAGUUAUGACUGUGGUAAGGGGGCGGGGUGGCCUAAUGUGCUAAAGCGUGUGCACAGCACCGCGAGUUGCCUGGCAACCGGAUUACAGAAUUGAGAAGAUUUAAAAAGUACGAGUUCGCGUCCGGGUGCCGGAGGGGAUUUUAAAUUCUCCGCCCUCACCCUCCGGCACUGGAAAAUCCCCUAUAGCCUAAAAGUUAUGACUGUGUUUUUAUGUUUUUAAUUUACUUAUCUUUAGGUUAUUUUAUUUUUUAUUGUACAUAGUUUUUAAUUAUUAUUUUACUUUUGUUAGUUUUUUAUUUUCUGUAUACAUGGUAUGCAUGUGUUCAUAUAUCACUAUAAUUAUUGUUCAUGUGACACAUGUUAUAUUUCUAAAUUAAAAAAAUAGAAAUACUGUACGUGUUUGUUACUAUGCAUUAUAUUUAUUUCCAUUGAUGUCAUUUAUAUUUUAAAAUAUAUUAUAAACAGUAACCUACGUACAAUUGGUAUCGAUUAAAAAAAAAAUUAAAAACACACAGCUCGCCACCUAAUACAUAACCUAUAAAUGUGCCCCCAGGUGAAAAAAGGUGAGAACGCUCUAAGAAUUAGGCGUUAAACUACGGCAAAAUAUAAAACUACAAUAAAUUCAUCAUAACUUACUACUAUAAACCAUCUGUUAAAAAAAAAUCUGUUUGAAUAGAUUUAGCAAAUACUGAAUACGGCUUUGAUCGAAUUCGAAACAAUCGAAAGCUGAAUAUGGCAUUAGAUUUUACAGCAAACCCUCAGUUAAAACAAAAUCUUUUUGAAGCAUGAAUAGUUGCCCAACAUGCCCAACACCCCAAUAUGAAGUUCAAAGAUCUCUGUCAAAAUAAAAUUGACGAUUUCCUUCAAACAUUUUGCGGUUUUGUUUCUUAAAUAAAUUUUAAAACUGUGGAGUCAGAUACUGUGAAACUUUAAAACAAUUUUGUAAUUAUGUUUUUAAAACUCAGCAUUAAAUUAAGGUAUUUGACAAGGUCAAAUUAUCCCGAAUGGAUCUAUUUUUACUUUAUUAAGUAAGGUUUGUAAAUUUACAAUGAAUUAUAAAAAUGACUAAUAUGAAAAUGUAAUUAGCCUGUGAUGUUUGUUUUUAAAAUAGUUUCUUCAAAAAGAAAAGAGCUGAAACGUUAGUUUUAAAGAAAAAUAUUUUUUAGUAAUUUAGAAUUCAAAAAAUGUAAGUUAGUGCGCUAAUAAUUAAACUGCAACAAGCACAUUUAUAACGUAGACAUAAUAUAAUAUUAUUAUCUUAUUAUAUUUAUUUAUUUUAUUCUUUUAUUAUCAGAAUGUAAAGUAUGAAUAGAAAUGUAGAACGCCAACGCUUAUUACCCUUGAGUGUGGCAGAUUGUAUUUUUUUUUUCAAUGAAUACUUUAAGUAAUAAAUAAAAGAAAGUUAUUGACGUCUGUAUUACUAACCAUAUCCAUUUUGUUUUUAAUAUAGUUCCUCAGCAGUUUUUUUUUUGUAAAUAAUUAUUACUUCUUCUAAAUUUACUUAAUUUUUGUUAUAUAUUUAAAUUUAAUUUUUGAGAAUAUAUUAUUACGUAAUUAAAUACAUAUUUUUUUAUGGUCUUCCAAAAAAAAAAACUGUAAAAUUCAAUGACGUUUCACAUCAUUUAGGUAUUAAGCCCUUUUAGAAACAUUCUACGAUGGAUUAAAUUAAAUAUAGAUCUAACAUAUAAGGUCAGAGAAGCAAAGUAAAUUGAACAAAAAGCAAAUGAAAUUUUAGUUUUUGUGGCUAAUAUAUUAUUGAUGCUCUUAUAUUAUUGAAUGGAAAAACAAUAUGUCCACAGAAACUGAAUUAAAGUUCCAUGGUGAAGAAAUGGGGUACUUUAAAAUUUAUUUUAAUCUUAAAAAACAAAUAUAAUUAGUGCACAGAAUUUUCAUAACUUGUAUUGAUUGAUUUUAAGUUUGUAUUUAUUAUUAAUGUAAUAUUUUUAAAGUUUGAUAAUUUUAAAAAAUCUACUCAAAGGUUUUCUAACUAAACUUUAUUAUUUAGACCUUUAGCGUAUAGCUUUUUAAUUCACGAAACAGUUGCAAAAAAUAUGCAAUUAUAAUUAAUAUGCUAAUACCUAUUUCGCUAACUGUAGGCCGUUUAUUGUGUGUAUUUAGUUUAAUUCUUGGCUAUAGUCGAUGCUCCCUUCGAUGUAUCAAAUAAAACUCUCCAUAAUAACCUUCAUAUCCCAUUUGUUCUUGACCUAAUCCCAGACAAAUAUUCCAAAUUUCACCAGAACCUCACUCAUCAUCCAAAUCCCGUAGCACAAUCCCUAUUCCUAUCUCUAGCAAUCCCUCCCCGGAGGUUAAAACUAUAGUGGCCCACCGACCUUCAUUAAUUGGACCUUUAUAUAUUGGAGUUCUCGCAAUGGCCAGAUUCUCCACUCAAGACAUGAGCGUCUGUUGCUGUAGUGCCCUCCAUCAGUUUCCACCGGUUUCAAACAACAGUGAUGCGGCUGAAAGAGAAGCACUGGGAUCUCCUGGAGUCCUGCCUUGGCUUCCACAUCGGGGGAUAAAGCAUGGCUCAGAGUCCCCUGGGUGAACGUAAAUAUUGUACGUAGGUGUAAAUGUGUUUUAUUUAGCUUUUAUCUAUUAUUUCAUUUUCUUGUACACAGGCAUAUCAACUUACUUAUUUUAUUUUUUUUUAUAUUUCUUUUUCCUUAUUAUUGAAAUCUUAGUUAUUAAUUGUAUGUACAUAUUGUGUGAAUGAUUCAUGUAGCCUUAAUUUUAAUGCCAUUUAAUGUGGCAGAAUGUAUUGAUAUUCAAUAAAAAAAAAUGUUUAAUUCUUGAAUUAUGUUUAAUUUUAAGAAGUAAUGAGAUUAAUGUU